CCAGCCACCACCAACCAAGCCCUGACCAACCGGUGAGCAGAGACAAAACAGGCAGCUCUCUUGGCGUGCUCACCUCAGCUCUGCUUCACCACCGCUUGCUCCAAGCCACCGAAAUUUCUGUCAGCGCCUCGAUAUCUGUCUCCUCCCCAUCGGGAAGUUAAGGGCAAGCAAAAGAGGGCAUCGAUAUUUCUCUCCAUGGCAGAGGAAGCCAAGAAGCUCUUCGCCCCGUCCGAGGUUUCCCUCCACGCGUCCAGGAAGAACUGCUGGGUCGUCAUCCACGGCAAGGUGUAUGAUGUGACCAAGUUCUUAGAGGAUCACCCUGGCGGAGAGGAUGUCCUCCUCCACGCAUCUGCCUCUGGGGAUGCCACGGAGGCAUUUGAAGAGGUGGGACACAGCACAUCAGCCAUCAGCAUGAUGGACAGCUACCUGAUCGGAAGCAUCGAGGGCUACGUUCCUCCAAGUGCAUCAAAGGCCAUAGACUCUGGGAGCUUCGAUGUGCCACCAAAUUCCAGGACAAUGCAAGGGAACAAAGGCUCUCCUAAUCCGAAUACCUUCCUAGACUUCCUACUCCCAUUGUUUGUGCUUGGCCUGGCGUGUGCAGCUUGGUAUUACCUAACCUUCAUCUCCAAGAACAAUUAAACUCAGUGAGGCUUGAAAUUAUUGCUCAUUAUUAAGGCUGCUUCAGCAAUGCAUUUGAAGAAAUAAAAACUGGCCUUACAGUACUUUGUACUUGAAGGAGGUUUUUUACUGUGGUUCAGAGACAAAUGAAGAAAAAGAAUUGGUCGUCUUUUCCUUUAUCUUUCAUGAAGUUUUAGGAUUUCCUUUGAAACCCUGGUUCUACACUUCUACUUGUAACAGCCAUGGCACCACAGAGAUGUAUGAAUAGGAGAGUUUGUCCUUAUUUGUGCUUUGGAUGUUUUUUUUGGGGUGAGAAUUCUUAGUAUUGUGCCGAAAGUUCCUGGUGAUGUAGUACAUGCUCAUGGUACGUAUCAAAUCAUCAAGGGAUCACAAGGA